AUGUCAGGUGCUGCUGCGGCUUCCGCUGCUGGUUACGACAGGCAUAUAACGAUUUUCUCGCCCGAGGGUCGACUUUUCCAAGUGGAGUACGCGUUCAAAGCCACGAACCAGACGAAUGUGAACUCAAUGGCGAUACGCGGGGAGACGUGCAGCGUGAUAGUAAAUCAGAAGAAAGUGCCAGACAAGUUGCUCGACCCAUCCACUGUGUCGUACAUUUUCCCGAUCUCCAAGACCAUCGGUAUGGUGGCCAACGGGCCGAUCCCUGACGCUAGGAACGCCGCGUUGAGAGCCAAGGCUGAGGCAGCGGAGUACCGGUACAAAUACGGGUACGAUAUGCCCUGUGACGUGCUGGCGAAGAGAAUGGCGAACCUGUCGCAGAUCUACACGCAGCGGGCGUACAUGAGACCCCUGGGUGUCAUACUGACGUUUGUCUCCGUGGACGAGGAGUUGGGGCCAUCCAUCUACAAGAGUGACCCUGCAGGGUACUACGUUGGGUAUAAGGCCACGGCCACGGGACCCAAGCAGCAGGAGAUCACUACCAAUUUGGAGAACUAUUUCAAGAAGAGCAAAACGGACACGUUGAAGGAGGACGCUUGGGAGAAAGUGGUCGAGUUUGCCAUCACGCAUCUGAUUGACUCGCUCGGGACCGAAUUCACCAAAAGGGACCUGGAGGUCGGUGUUGCCUUGGAGGGGAAAUUCUUCACUUUGACUGCUGACCAAAUAGAGGAAAGGUUGGUAGCGAUUGCCGAACAGGAUUGA